GCAAGAACGCAAGGACUUAGACUUAGGUAACCAGUGCACUCUCACAGUCUCACCAAUGACUGACAGUCACACUGUGCUCCCACGCGGGCCAGCUGAGAAAGGUACAUAGAAAGCACGCCAGGUCGACGGAGCCGGAGACUGCGACUUCGCCACAAACGGGCAAAGUGUGUACCUACGCCCCGCCGAGCGAACCCCUCGCACGUCAUUGUUGCUAACACCUCAACCCGCCGUCACGACUACACUAGUUGAGCACCUUAGGUCAGUCCGUUCCUCGGUGCUUCCAAUUCCAAAGUCGACAGCCGGAGGAGGCACUGAAAGGGGAAAUCGUUGCCAUUCAGGUCUCGUGAGAGAAGCUUCGGUAGUUUUGUCACUAACCUCUGGGCAUGCCUCGCUCGACCUCACGGUAGUUUGAGCCAGUCCUUAGCUGAUCUGGUGGAGCAAGAGACGGACAAUCCUGGUAUGUAUGUGGCAUGAGGCGGUCAAGACUCAACGCUCGCUAAACGACGCGGAUCAAGCCUGAGAAAUCUGCGGUGGAUGACAUGACAUCAAUUUAGGAAAAGCACAAUGCAACUCGACAGGCACUCUACCAUUCAGCCAACUUCAACUCGGCAGUGACUUCCUAUUGCUCCUUGCACCGUGCAGAACCCUACCUUCCUUGCUGCAGCGUCUGCACAUUAUGAAGUGGUGUGAGCAAUCCGCAACCGUGCUAGCAACAUGUCGCACACUAGUGGUGCUGUGUAUGCUUGUAGCCUGCGCUGACGUUACAUUAGCCCGGGACUGCAACAUGAUUUCGCAAGGCUGUUCUUGGCGUACGAACAUCCUGGUGGUGAAGAAAGGGUGUGUGCCGAUGCGCCGUUUCCAGUUAUCCUACCAGGAUGUCGUCUUUGAGCGUAUCAACGCCACCGGACUGGACACCGCAAACCCGGAGGAGUGUCUCCUCCGCUGCCAAGAGCUUAGCGCACGCAACGACUGGGCCGCGCUGCACACGGAGACGUGCUGGUGUAGCGAUAGCCGUAGUGUUCGGGAGGCCGAUGCGCCCACGUUUGACUACCACUUGGAGCUGUGUCAGCCCAUGGAUAGGUGCGAGCGUGGUGAUCGCUUCUGGUGCGGCGCGCGUGCUGGAUUCUACACCUUCAACCAUACUCUCCAAGACACAGAGCCCUACCUGCGGUCGCAGUCCGCCAUCGUGCAGGUGAACGGCACGGAGCGCACCGGUCAGAGGGCGGACAUCGGCAUGGGAACACCAGUCACACUGACAUGCCAGCUGCCAUCACCUCCAGUCGCCGGCGUCGACUAUCACUGGACUGUUGACGGAGUGCCACUAGGAGAACUACUAAACUCUUCUCGCUGUCAGGAGUUUGCAGAUUCACCCACGGUGCCAAUCGUGACCGAGGCAGAUGGCGGUGCGGUGUUGCAAAUUGCGUCAUUCUCUUCUUGUCUGACUGGUGUAUACAAGUGCAUGGUGAAAUCACAGGUUAUCUGCAGCUCCAGCUUUGGCUGUGCGCAGGCCGCUUCCAUGCUGCUGCUCGCAGUCAAUGUUCCCGGCAAGUCUGCAAUGCCGAUUGCCAUCCUGGUCGGCGUGAUCGUGGGUGCAGCACUGGGCAUGCUGCUGUUAUUGCUGGCACUGCUACUGGUGCGUCGUGCUACACGCCGUUGGGAUCCAUCCACCACCGGACCCGCUCACAGGGAGGCCGCUGCCAGUGCUGGUGAUGGUGGUGGGAACAGUAGCGGCAAGUCCACAUCGACGGAGGGAUUGGCCGUAAUGCAGACUGAGGGUGAUGCCGGUGCAAGGACGGGUGCGCAGAAGAAAUCGUUUCGGCAGCGAAUCCUAUCGUUGGAGUCUCUCCGUCACUUUCAAAAAGAGUUACAUCCAUCAAGCAACCAUGAUGACAGCGGCAAAGGUGAUCCCCACUACGAUCAGACCAGUGACGAGACCGACAUAAAACACGGCAAGAAGAAGAAGAAGAAAGUGAAGGCACGAGAACUCGAGAUGCCUAUGCCUGUCGGUGACCAGGGUGGUGUGACGUUGGCGCCACCAAAGCCCCUGCGCAAGGGCAAGACAGCCGAUCAGGACGUACCGCCGGGGUACUCGGCAGUGGGAAUGUCACAACCUGCGUCCACGACGCUGACAACAACGCAACACCAGGUCCCGGACCAGGAUCAUAACCCCAAUGCCAACGCGUACGCGAUCAGCAGCGUGAAAAGCCGCCAGGGUACGAUCAGUGACCAGUAUUCGGUCAUUCAAAAGAAUCCGUCCGCAGAGGCAGACGUCGCAGAGCCCCCGGCGGAGCAGGAGUCGCCGGGACAACCGUUGCCCGAGCAAUACCCUGAGAGCAAGCGUCUCAACUACAUCGAUAUCGAGUUGACACCAACACCACGCGCCGACAAGACCGCCGAGGAGGGGAUACUGGCGUCGCCAAGCAAACAGCAGGUGUGCUACUCGGCACUCAUCCCCGAAGCUCAUCUGAAGGGCGUGCGGCGAGGCAGCGAUGGUUUGGUUCGCGGCAACUAGGGGCAAGCACAUGCAACACUGGCACACACACACACACACACAGUCAGAGUACAGUACUAUUGGAUGAUGAAGAACCGGGGGUCAGCCUCCUAGCCGGCCUAGGCCGUUCUUAUUUUCAUGUACUGUAGGCUAUGCGCAGGUGAGUCACCGUGUAUACAUUGGUAUGUUGUGCUUGGUGAAACCCCAGCCCGUUCGUUCUUCGGCACUCUGUUCUUCGGAACUCCACCGUACUGGUACAGUAUCGUCAGCAUAGCCCGCAUCUCUAAGUCUUUGUUGACAGCUGCUCGGCUAUGCUUGGCACCAACUCCAUGCCCUGGUACUGACAUACAGACACGAGAAAAAAAACUCAAUGAAGACGACGCGAGUUUGCAGUGGAAAUCAGUAUUAGCAUUAUGGUACAGCCUACCACUAAUGGGCUCACAAUUCAAGAAUUUCGCUCUCGAGCUUUGCUGACUCCUGCUUUGCUCACAUAGUCUACAGGCCGAAAAAGCCCCAAAAAUGGUUCAGUUCUGUUCCCGUUUCGGGCGUACCAAGGUUUGACAGGAAUACCUCACACCUUAGGCCAUAUUUCUAACAUGGUACUUUCCAGAGGUUGGUCCCUGGAAGAACUGCCCCCCCCCCCCCAUCCAUGUCCCCGAUUGACCUGAAUGGGGCUAUGUAAAUCUAGAAUGUGUGUGUCACUGCACACUAAUGGGAAAAGUCAAAUCAGCUGCAACUCACAGUGCUGCACAACUAUCCACUGAAACACAUGACUGUAUUCUACCCGUACGGCACUAUUCUAUGCAUUGAUUCCUUCAUGAUGAUUCCUAUCUAAUGUUUUCUUCUAAAACAACCUGGACAAUAGCAAAUUGAGUUUCCAUGCGUUAUUAGCAUUUUCCUUUAGCAUUGACAUGAGAUGAGCAAGAGCAUAAUGCUCAUUAGUUAUUAUCUGGACCGUGGCUUGGCCGACUCGGACUCGCUCUGCAGAAACGGCCUCAUUUA